CAGACACAGGGCUUGCACGUCAACGGAAACUGCCACUGUGCUCUGUGUUUAUACGUGUGAGUUUACACGCACGCAUCUAGGUGAAGCGAAUGGCGACAAAUUCGGCGUCCGAGGACGUGCAGAUCGAGACGACAAAGAAACGCACGCGUGAGGAGGAGGAACAGGAAGAGCAGCAACCUCAGCGCGAGAACGGUGACAGCACCGAGACUGCCAACGAUACUAUCCCUGCUGCCGAACCUCAGGGCACAGACGCCGGGACAGAAGAAACGGGCAGCAAGAAGGCAAAGGUUGAUACUGGUGUAGAAGACGCGACUGAGGGAGAGACACCCGAGGUGUUUGUGGCCCCCGGUACCUUGAUAUUACGACUGUCGGGGCUGCCGUGGAAGUGCUCGGUGGCGGACGUGCAAAAUUUCUUAAAGCACAUCGGUGUGAGCACAAGACCCGACCCCGCGGCGGACAUCAAAAUCUUGGACGAUUCGAGCGGAGAAGCCUUGGUCCGAGUGGGAAGUGCCGAGGAGGAAGAGACGGCGUUGAAGCUGAAGGUGGGUCGUCUGGGGAAACGUUUCGUGGACAUUGGCAGCACCACCGAGGAGGCAUUCGAGGCCACGCCCGCCACCUCGGAAGAAGCCAUGAACGCACCCGCAACCGUGGUGCCUGACGCGGCGACAGCCACGGGCGAGGCGGGGGACGGGACCGCCGGCGAAGCCUCCUCCUUGACGGUCCCGGAAUCGAGCACGCCCCAGGGUGUAGUUCGGAUGCGGGGCUUGCCGUACAGCGCCACGGAGAAGGACAUCCUCGCCUUUUUUUCCGGCUUUGGCGUGGCGGAGGGCGGGGUCCACAUGCACUACGACCAUAUGGGCCGGGCCUCGGGGCAGGCCUACGUGGUGUUUGAGACCGUGCCCGAGGCCCAGCACGCCUUGAAGCUCGACAAGGAGAAGAUCGGGGAGCGGUGGAUCGAUUUGUUCCUUUCUUCCAAGCCGGAGAUGCUCCACGCGCAUUUCUUCGCCUCGGUGGGCCCGACGGCCAAUGGGAUUUUUUUCGUUCAUCGCAUGGACGGACGCUCGAGCGGGGAGGCCUUUGUGGUGCUGCACAGUCAAGAGGCAGUGCGCCAGGCGCUAAUGCAAGACAAGCAAAAAAUGGGCUCGCGCUGGCUGGACAUCUUCGAGUCCCACCCGGGGGAGCUGUUCUCUCGCGUGGGCGCGGCGGCCGUGACGCUGGGCGCCAAGGAUGACGUGGGCUAUGCAGGAGUGUUGAAAAUGCGGGGGCUGCCCUUCCAAACCACCGUCCCCGACGUUGCCACCUGGUUCGGCUCCUACCGCGUGGCGCCUCACGGGGUAUUCAUCACCAUGGGCGCGGACGGACGGCCAACGGGGGAGGCCUACGUGAUCUUCGAGACGCCUGAGGACGCAGUCGCGGCCCGAGAAGCCUUGAACAAGCAGACGAUGAACAACCGUUGGAUCGACUUGUAUCUGGCUUCGAAGGGUGACGUCUAUACUUCCACGGUACAUUCGCCCAUCGUGGGGCAGGCCCAUGGCGGGUGCCCGGUGUACGCGAACACGCCCAUGACCUGCGCGCGGCUCCGCGGUGUUCCUUCCACAGUGACGGAGGAAGAGCUCUUUCGGUUUUUCGCCGGCUUGCAGGUGAUUGGGCUCUACAUCUGUCGCGACUCCUCGGGGAGGGCCACGGGGGAGGCUUACGCCGAGUUUGGGUCCUUGGACGACUGCCAGCAGGCCAUGAGCCGUAACCGAGACUAUAUGCCCGGGGGGGGGGUCGGAGAUCGACCGAUCGAGGUCACGGCGGCGGCG